GAAAGUAAUGCUCCACAACACAGCAUUCCAGACAGGGGACGGUGAGAGACACAUCGUUGUUCUUACUACUGCUCCUAAAUCUUUCAAAUCUCAAAUAUAAACCCGGUUCAGUUGUGACUUAAGUCAAAGAAUUGAAGAUUCUGUCACACAUGUUUGACCUGAUGCCAUGUAUAACCUGCAAAGGAUGGACAAUGGCUGCCUUCAUUAUAAUCCUGCAAGUAAUCCAAUUUCUCUCUGGCUUUGGCUUCACUGAAUCUGUUGAGCCUCCGAAAUGCUUUAACGAUUAUGAAACCAAGCUAAAGUGCAGCUUCUUCCGGUAUGAAGCCAAAAGUUGUUCUGAAAACAAACUCCACGCUUCAUUGAUCAUGAAGAAUGAUAACAGGUCAUUCACAUGCCAUUUUGAUGAAAUCCAACCCGGCUCAUGUGAAUGCACAAUUGAAGUGAAAGGGUUUGUGGUUGACGAGUUAUUCAUAUUGGACGUGAUGAAAGGAGACAAGAUUUGGUACACACAAAAUACCACAACCCAAGACUUCAUUAAGCCUAGAAAACCAAUCAUCAAGUCAGUCAUCCAGAAGCCAAAUGGAGACUUUUCAGUUACCUUGGACACCAUCUACAAGAAUAAAGCUUUUUGUGACAGGCUGGCUGUGGAGCUCACAUACAGCAUUGAUGGAAGCAGCAAUGAGACAAGGCUUUUGGGAGAAGGUCAGACUACAUAUGAGAUUGUAGGCAGUAACCUUCAACCUAACUCUGUAUAUAUUUUGAGAGCGAGAAUGAAAUCAACCUACCCCCCUAAUAAGACAUUCAGCGACUACAGUGACCCAUAUGUGUUCAAAACAUCACAAUCGUUAGUAAACAUGAUCAGGAUAAUAAUCCCCAUCUUGUGUGUCAUUCUGUUAAUUUGUGUAUCUUCAGUCUAUUUCUGGUUCAACAGAUCAUUCUGGUUCGAUGAUCCGGAUCAGCACCAAAAGCCAGAGCAACGUAAUUCAGCCCAGAGAAUCUUUAAACCAUGGUGGGACAAGAUUCCUACUCCGAGAUUUUCUACAGAUUUUGUAAAACAGGUCCCAAAGUUGCUGUCAUUCCAAACUGACGUCUCGUCUGUCAGUGUCGAUCCAACAGCAAACCAAGUCACCAAGAAGACAUGUGUGGAAUCUUCUCAAGGCCGGGGUGAAGAUAGGCACUGUAGUGACAGUCUAGAGAAAGGUGUUGAUUCAGGAUCGCCAUCGCUGAUUUACUCCUCAUCCGGCUACAAGAGCAUGGACGAGAACAGCUUUGAAAAUAAAUUAACAUCCGUCAGCCACGAGUAUGAAAAUCAGCAAUCGAAUGAAUCCAGUUUCUUAAUCAGCAAUAGAUUGCAAAUUCAAUCAAAGUCCUUUUUUGAAAACCCAGUUCCAACAAUGCAUCUGGGGAAGAACUUCCUGGAGCCAUAUAAGAACCUGGGCCAAAAGAUACAGAUGGAUUUUGAGUACAGUGUGUUGAACGGUUGUACAGACUCUGGAAACUCCAAACUGAGUCAGAUCAUGCCCCACAACAAGGACAUGCCUGUGGUUCUUGCGUACGAGUCCAUCAACCAUCAUGAUGCUUUUAGCUCUUGUAGCAAUCCAAGCUUAGAGGAGCCAUUAAGCACCAUGAAACCACAAACUCUUACAUCUUCCGUCCAUGAUAACAUCCUUAUUCCGAUGGAGGACGAGUAUCAGUUGCUUUGAAGCAUAGCCUGAAACGCUGGAGAAUGAAAGAGCUACGAAGUUCGAAUUAGAUUAGAACAUCUCUCAGGGAAGUAUCAUGGUAAAAUUAUCAUCUUGUUUUGCAUCUCUUUCUAAGCAUUCAAAUGUACUCUGGGUUUGAUGAGCGAAAGAGAGAGAGCACUCAGGGUAGAACUUCCUCGAAGUAUAUUUAUAGUCACCUGUCAAAGUCUUUGGUAUUUGAAUGAAGAUUUGCAGUAGUGAUACACUACACAUUUGUAUUGCAUCCACUAUGAAGCCCAACAUCAUGAAGAUUGACAGCUACGAUAAAGUAGUUUUUUCAUCCCUCAUUGUAUCAUUACUCCAAGCUGAUGGAUAGUUUUUUGAAUUUAGCUUUUCUAUGCUGUUUAGAAACAAUCUGCCAUCUUUAGUAUGUAUUUAUGUUAAAGUUGUUCCAACCCCCAAAUUAAGCCUUUAACACAUGUUGGUCAGAUCUCAAAUCCAUGUGUCCGCUCACUACAGAAAGCUGCACUGACCAACAGGAAAUCUCUGACUCCGUAAAGCACGCUGAAAAUUCUAUGUGAAAUGUCUCUCAUAUUGUUGAAAUGGUUCUUACUUAAUAGACUUACUUUAGAGGGCUUAAACACUCAAAUGCACAUUAAUACGUACAUUUGUGAAAUAUUUUGAAUUGUUUUUGAACUGUGAAAUUCAUUCUGACACCAUUAUCUACAGUUGGUCAUUUAGUGCAAGGAUAGUGAAAUGUUACUAAGGUUAAAGAUAAAUGCUCUGUACCCCGCUGUAAAUGUGUAUUAUAUAAAGUCUUGUGGGUUUGAA